GAAUGGAAUCAAAUUUGAACCAAGAUGCAGUGCCUAGACCAUCUUAUGUUUUCAGUGCUGACCCAAUUGAAAGGCCUUCAGAAAUAAAUUUUGAUGGCAUUAAGCUUGAUCUCUCUCAUGAGUUUUCUUUAGUUGCUUCAAACACUGAGAUAAAUAGUUUGGAAUCCAAAGAUUACCUCCAGGUUUGUCUUCGAAUAAGACCGCUAACACAGCCAGAAAAGGAACAUGAGUCUGAGGGCUGUGUGUGUAUUUUGGAUUCUCAGACUGUUCUGCUUAAAGAUCCCCAAAGUAUCAUUGGUCAGUCAAGUGACAGAAUCUUUGGGCAGAUGACACAGAAAUUCAGUUUUUCCAAGGUUUUUGGCCCAGAAACUACGCAGAAGGAAUUCUUUCAGGGUUGCAUUAUUCAGCUAGUAAAAGACCUCUUGAAAGGACAGAGUCGGCUGAUUUUUACUUAUGGGGUUACCAACUCAGGAAAAACAUACACAAUACAAGGCACAGAAGAUAAUAUUGGUAUCCUGCCUCGAACUUUGAAUGUAUUGUUUGAUAGUCUUCGGGAAAGACUGUAUACAAAGAUGAACCUUAAACCACAUAGAUCUAGAGAAUACUUACGUUUAUCACCAGACCAGGAGAAAGAAGAAGCUGCUAACAAAAGCACAUUGCUUCGGCAAAUUAAAGAGGUUGCUGUGCAGAAUGACAGUUAUGAUACUGUUCAUGGAAGUAUAAUGAACUCUUUGAAUACCCAGGAAUUUGACGAAUCUGUGAUAGAUUGUGAACAAGCUAGUUUGAAUAUGGAUAAUAAUAUAAAGUUUUCUGUGUGGGUUUCUUUCUUUGAGAUUUAUAAUGAGUAUAUUUAUGACUUGUUUGUUCCUGUAUCAGCCAAGUUUCAAAAGAGAAAGAUGCUGCGCCUUUCCCAAGAUGUAAAGGGCCAUUCUUUUAUAAAAGAUCUUCAGUGGAUUCAAGUAUCUGAUUCCAAAGAAGCAUAUAGACUUUUAAAAGUAGGACUAAAGAACCAGAGUGUUGCCUUCACAAAACUGAACAAUGCUUCCAGUAGAAGUCACAGCAUAUUCACUAUUAGAGUAUUACAGAUUGAAGAUUCUGAAAUGCCUCGUGUCAUACGAGUCAAUGAAUUGUCUUUAUGUGAUCUUGCUGGGUCAGAACGGAGCAUGAAGACACAGAAUGAAGGUGAAAGGUUGAGAGAGACUGGAAACAUCAAUACUUCUCUGUUGACCCUUGGAAAGUGUAUUAAUGUUUUGAAAAACAGUGAAAAGUCAAAAUUUCAACAGCAUGUGCCUUUCCGGGAAAGUAAACUCACCCACUAUUUUCAAAGUUUUUUUAAUGGUAAAGGGAAAAUAUGUAUGAUCGUCAACAUCAGUCAGUGUUGUUUUGCCUAUGAUGAAACACUCAAUGUAUUGAAGUUCUCAGCCAUUGCGCAAAAAGUUUUUGUUCCAGACACUUUAAAUACCUCGCAAGAAAAAUCAUUUGCACUUGUCAGAUAUUCUCACGAUGUAUCAUUAGACGUUAAUGAUUCAGAUAGAAAAAAUGUAACAAGAACCACCAUUUCAUGGGAAAGUAAUGUGGAAGAUUUGGUGGAAAAUGAAGAUUUGACUGAGGAUCUAGAAAAACUUGAAGAAAAGCCAAGUGCACAAACUGAAUCUGCAGAAGAAGAUCUAGAUCAGACGUUAGAGGAAGACAAGGCUCUCAUUAGUCAAGAGGAGAAGAGAAAACUGUUGGAUUUGAUAGAAGACUUGAGAAAAAAACUGAUAAAUGAAAGAAAAGAGAAAUUAACAUUGGAAUUUAAAAUUCGAGAAGAAGUUACACAGGAGUUUACUCACUAUUUGGCUCAACGGGAAGCUGACUUUAAGGAGACUCUCCUUCAGGAACGAGAGAUACUAGAAGAAAAUGCUGAAUGUCGUUUGGCGAUCUUUAAGGAUUUGGUUGGUCAAUGUGACACUAAAGAAGAACCAAGGAAUUUAGAAUGUGCCAUGAAAGAUGAAACUGAAGGAGCACGUAAUUAUGUAGGAAUUGAAGACAUUAUUGAUUCUCUUCAAGAUGAUGUCACUGGUAUUAAAAAACAGGCUGAAAUUGCUCACUUAUAUAUUGCAUCUCUUGCUGACCCCCAGGAAGCUAUUGCUUGUUUAGAACUAAAGUUUAACCAAGUUAAAGCUGAAUUAGCUAAGACAAAAGAAGACUUAAUCAAAGCCCAAGAAAAGUUAAAAAAGAGAGAAAAUGAAUCAGAAAUUAACUUAACUUCAUUAUUGGUUCAAGAACUUGAGAAAUCUAAUAAGGUACUACUUUGAAAUCAGGCAGUUCAAGAGUUGAUAGGAAUAACUGAGCAAAAAAAUAAGUUGAUUGUAGCUUUCUUAUAUAUGAAUUUCACAAUUUUGUGCCAGGACAAGACUGAUACACCGUCUUUAAUAAUAAAUAAUAAAUUGACUUCUGAUGAAAUAGUUGAAGGCUUUAAAGACAGCAAGAGUAAAACUUCCUCAGAAAGAAAAAGAUCAAAUGAAAAUGAACUUACUCAACCAGAUGAACCACCAGCAAAGAAAGGAUACACAUAUAUUAGCCCUCCUUCCUUUGAAGACCAAAAGAAAAGUGAAGAUAUACAAUAUAGCAUUUCCAAAGAAGAGGAAGACAUAAAAAAGUUAUUAAAAACUAAUGAAGAACUGAAAACACGUUUAUGUAUUGUUGAGAGUGAACUUACAAAUGAAAAGGAAGAAAAAGCAGGAUUAAAUAAACAGAUUUUUAGUUUGCAGCAGGAAAUUCCUUCUUUAAGUGUACAGGUUCAACAAAUUCAGUUAAAGUAUGAAAAUACAGUUUCGGAGUUACAUGUACAGAAAGGUAUAAAUCAAGAUCAAGAGGAAGAGAUUAUAAAGUUGUCAAGGGAGAUAGAAACUGCUAAAAGCAACAUCACAAAUAAUGUUUCACAAAUAAAAUUCAUGCAAGCUAAAAUCGAUGAACUGCGAAUGUUUGAUUCUGGUUCUCAGAUUUCAAACAUAGAUUUACUCAAUUUCAAGGAUGUUUCAGAUGGUUCUCAGGAGCUCCAUUUGCUGAAUACACAGUUGCACCUACAAGGUAGCGAUUGUUUGGUAAGUCAACAGUCUAAAGAGUCUUGUAUUCAGGAACAUAGUAGGGACAAUUCUUUCCACUCAAGUAUUGAAGCUAUUUGGGAGGAAUGUAAAGAGAUUGUGAAGGCUUCCUCUAAAAAAAGCCAUGAGAUCCAGGAACUGGAACAAAAAGUUGAAAAAUUACAGGCAGAAGUGAAAGGCUAUAAAGAUGAAAACGAUAGACUGAAAAUAGAAGAGAAGGAAAAUAAAAAAGAUGACCUACUAAAAGAAAAAGAGAGUCUUAUACAACAGCUGAAGGAAGAACUGCAAGAAAAAAUGCAUAGUCUUCAUGUUGAAGUGCAGCACGUGGCUGAAGGAAAGAGAGCGCUGUCAGAGCUUACACAAGAUAAUGCUUGUUAUAAGGCGAAAAUACAGGAGUUGGAAACAGUGUUAGAGACACAGAAAGACAAAAAUAGUUGCUCAGUCAAGUUAGAACAAGACAUUUUGGAAAAGGAAUCUGUUAUCCUUAAGCUAGAAAAAAAUCUGGAGGAAUUUCAAGCAAAUCUUCAGGAUUCGAUGAAAAGCACCAAAGAUUUAAGUGAAAGAGAAGUCAGACUGAAAGAAGAGAUCAUUCAAUUAACAAAUUCUUUGCAAGAUGUGAAGCACUCACUUCAACUAAAGGAAGAAGAAAAUGAAGCCAACAGACAAGAAACAGAAAAGUUGAAAGAGAAGCUAUCUGCAAAUGUUGCUCUUAACCAGACUUUGAAAGAUGCUAUUGACAGGAAAGAAGAAGACUGUACUGAGCUGAAAGAGAAGCUGACUGAUGCCAAAAAGCAGAUUGAACAAGUACAGAAAGAGGUAUGUGCAAUGCGUGAUGAAGAGAAAUCACUGAGGGUUAAAAUUAAUGAAUUAGAGAAGAAGAAAAACCACUGUUCUCAGGAAAUAGAUAUGAGACAGCGAACCAUUCAACAACUCAGGGAACAAUUAAGUAAUCAGAGAAUGGAAGAAACACUACAACAGUACAAGAAACUGUGCGAAGAUCUAACUGUUAAAGAGAAAAUAAUUGCAGAUAUGCGAAUGACAUUAGAAGAACAAGAACAAACUCAGGUAGAACAAGAUCAAAUACUUGAGGCUAAAUUACAGGAAACGGAAAGGUUGGCCACAGAACUGGAAAACUGGAAGGAAAAAUUCAAAGAUCUGGAAACCAAAAGUUUAAAUAAAGAAUUUGAUGAUAAUACAAAUGUGCUUAGUAAAAAGCUCAGCAAGCUUCAAGAUGAGUUCCAGGAAUCUGAACAGAAAUAUACAGCUGACAGAAAGAAAUGGUUAGAAGAAAAAAUGAUACUUAUCACUCAAGCAAAAGAAGCUGAGAACCUACGAAACAAAGAAAUGAAAAAAUAUGCUGAAGACAGGGAACGCUGCUUAACACUGCAGAAUGAAGUGGAAAAACUUACAACACAGCUGUCUGAGAAAGAUACUGACCUUCAGAAAUGGAGAGAAGAACGAGAUCGUUUGGUUGCAGCUUUAGAAAUACAGCUGAGAACAUUAAUUUCUAGUAAUGUUCAAAAAGAUCAUGAAAUUGAACAGUUAAAAAAAAUUACACCAGAGGCUUCUAAAACGGAAAAGCCAAGUGUGGAGAUUAUGCCCAGACAUACUAGUUCAGCUGAAGCUGAAACUCAGCCAACGAGUGUUGAAUGUCUAACAAAUGAAGUUGAGGAUGGAUCUAUAGUCCUUGACUCUUGCGAAGUGUCAACAGAAAAUGUUCAAAUUACUCGGUUUCCAAAACCUGAGUUAGAGAUUCAGUUUACACCUUUGCGGCCAAACCAAGUGGCAGUGAAACACCCUGGUUGUAACUCACCAGUGACGGUUAAGAUUUCCAAAUCCAGGAAGAGGAAGAGUAAUGAAAUGGAUGAGGACUUGAUGAAAUGUGAAAAUAAGAAGAAUGCUACACCUAAAUGUAAUUUAAAGUUCCCUGUUUUAGAACACAGAUCUUCGUCUAUCAAAAAGGAACAAAAGGUUUCUAUACGUCCAUCAUCUAAGAAAACGUAUUCUUUACGAAGUCAGGCAUCUACAGUUAGUGUAAAUUUGACCCCUAAGAAAAAUGACAGAACGCUACAGAAAUUUGGAGACUUCCUACAACAGUCUCCAGCAAUUCUCCAAUCAAAAGCAAAGAAGCUAAUUGAGACAAUAAGCACUUCAAAGCCGAUAAAUAUGGACGCAAGCAAAGAAAAUGCAUCUCGACCAAAACGAGCCAAACGGAAAUUAUACACAAAUGAAAUUUCAUCUCCGAUUGAUAUAUCUGGCCAAGUGAUAUUGAUGGACCAGAAAAGAAAGGAAAGUGAUCACCAGAUUCUCAAACGACGACUUCGAGCAAAGAUGACUAAAUAA